GGGAUGAUGCAGAUGGUUUUUUCCUCCAAAGGAAAUACCUUGUUUUCUCGCUUGAAAACUUGGCAGGUCUUUGAUUGGCUGUGAACUGUCUUCAGAGGAUUGGAUCACGUUAUAUACGCUGAACAGAAGCCUAAGAAGGCAGAAGACAAAAAACAAAAAACAUCACAGACACAGAAGACAAGAUGUUCACACAAAGACAGACAUGCCUAAGAAAGGUGCUCACUUUCACAGUGACAUUGCUGCUUCUGCUGGCCACAACAGGAAAGUCCGAGGUCUUGAGUGACAGUACUCUUACCACUGUUUCACCUUCUCUCUCAAAUUCGUCUCUCACAGACCAGGCAGUCAACAGCAGCAUUGGCCAACCCAAGGUCCUGCUUUUAGUCAGGCCAUGUGGAGGUGAAAAUGCCCAAUACUGUUUAAAUGAUGGCAAGUGCAUGCACCCCCAAGACAGCAACCGACCUUUUUGCAUCUGCACGCCUUCACACAGCGGGCCACGCUGCCAGAUCUUCACAGAUUUGAUUUACAGACCAUCAGGUGUGGAGAAGGUGAUUGCCAUCAUUUUUGGGAUGACCAUGGUACUCAUUGUUCUGGCUCUCACCAUCUGCUGCUUUGUCAAAAGAAGAUGUGUAAAAUCAGCCCCUCUGAUAAAAGCUGCGGCAUCAGAGACUUCAGUGUGACAUCAUCAACUGCUCAUCGCAGUAUUUCUAUAGGGCUCAAGAUGGAUUUUAUUUAUUUACACCAAAAUUUCACACUUGGAAUAUUUUGGUUUUACUUAUUAUACACUUUAUUUAAAAAAAGAGCAUGCUAUAAUGUGAAUUCUGAAUUUUGUUUUCAUUAAUGUUAACAUUUCCAUUGUAGUAUUUUCCUUCAAAGGUGGCGAAAUCCUCUAUUUAUUGUAAUUUUAUUUUGAUUAAAUUAUUUGUGUUCUUUUUUAUUUAAUGUUUUUCAAUAAAUUAUAAAAAUAA